CCUCCCUUCUGUCCUCGAUCUCCCAGAUCUCUCCUUUCUUCUUUUCCCACGCCAUCAUGGAGAUCGCGAGGAAGAGAUGUGGCAAGGGGCGCAGAAAAAUCGCCAUGGAGCCUAUCAGGAACAGGGAUGCGCUCUAUGCCUGUUUCAGCAAGCGCCGGAAGGGCAUCUUCAAGAAGGCCGGCGAACUCGCCGUCCUCUGCGGCAUCCAGGCCGCUGUCAUCACUCUCUCGCCCGGCGGCAAACCCAUGUCCUUCGGCCACCCCUCCGCCGAUGCCGUCAUCGACCGGUACCUCGGCGCACCACUCGGCCAGGACCUGGCAGCCUCCGACGAGCCGCCGAGCUGUCUGGACCGCAAACCGGGGGUGCCGCCGGGCGGCCAGUUCUGGUGGGUGGAUUCGAUCCAUCUGCUCGACCUCGGAGACCUGGAGACGAUCCAUACUUCGAUGGAGACGAUCCAAAGGGCUAUUUUGAGGAAGGCCAAUGUGCUUGCGAGUGCAAGAGCAGCACUAGCGGGUGUGCUUGCAGGGAUCCAGCCGUUGGCUAUGAUGAAUGGUUCUGAUCGUGAUCCGGAUCUCUAUGUUCCGAGUUGGGGUGGAAACUGAAGGAGGAGGUGUUCGUCAUGGAAGCACCACAGUUUUGUAGCUCUCAGGAUGUAAUUAUUCUGGUUACUGGAGUAGUUAUAUGGAAAGCAUAGUAACUUCUUUAUCUUGUUAGCGAUCUUGUGUUUAAUU